GUGGUAGUUGAUCUUUAAUGACCAUUCUAGGUCGGAAAAAUCCAUGAUCCUUACUCUUAAGAGAAGGUUGGUAACUCUACUUAGGACUUUUUUUUCUGUGAGAGGAAUAAUGUAGCCUCACCCUUAUCUUUCUGGAAAUGUUUAAACCACUGAAAUAUGGAGAUCAAAUCCAGCUUACACACUGGUAACUCAAAUACUAUUUUUUUUAAAACUAUCUUUUCUAAACUAAUCACCCCUCUUGUACAUAGAACUUUCUACCUCAGUGCCAAUUCCUAGAGGUUGAUGCAAACAGCUCGCCAGAGAGCCUGUGCUAUUGUUCCUGCGAAAAAACCCAAUUUCCCUGCACAUUUGGAUAAAAAUGAGUUUAUCUAUAUAAAGUUGAGACGGUAAGAAUUCACAGAACAAUGCCCUGGAAGAGAGAUUUGCAAAUGAAAGAGGGAGAAAUAGUAUUUUUAAGGAAAACCUGAAAGUUGUCUCGAUUUGACCGAAGUUUGAAAGAGAGUUGGGGUAAUAAGAAAAGUUUCAAGAUGCCGGUUUUAAAACUAUGCAUAGAAACAAAGGCAGGAAUGAAGCCCGAACUCUCUCGGAUCAGUUUCCCCCAAAUCUCUAAUUAUUUCAUGCCCAGAUUUCUUAUAUUUUUACUCUUUUUUAAGGGGCAACAAACACAGCAGCGCGGUAGAUACGAGGAGUCCUUUUCCAGCAGCGCCGCGCAUGGAGCAAGGAACCAAUCAUCACUCAGCGUCUCUCUAUAUAAACCCUCAGCCUCCCUCGUAGAGGACAUGCUGUUCUGACAGUUUGAGAUUACUUUUGUCUUUUCUGGUAAGACAAAAACAUGUCGGAAACUGCUCCAGUUGCUCCUACCACUCCUGCACCCGCAGAGAAAACACCUGUGAAGAAAAAGGCGAAGAAGGCAGGCGCAACUGCUGGGAAACGCAAAGCAUCCGGACCCCCAGUAUCUGAGCUUAUCACCAAGGCAGUGGCAGCUUCUAAGGAGCGCAGCGGCGUUUCUCUGGCCGCGCUUAAGAAAGCGCUUGCGGCUGCCGGCUACGAUGUAGAAAAAAACAACAGCCGCAUCAAGCUUGGCCUCAAGAGCUUGGUGAGCAAAGGUACCCUGGUGCAGACCAAAGGUACCGGUGCUUCUGGCUCCUUCAAACUCAACAAGAAAGCGGCUUCCGGGGAAGGCAAACCCAAGGCCAAAAAGGCUGGCGCAGCCAAGCCUAGGAAGCCUGCUGGGGCAGCCAAGAAGCCCAAGAAGGUGGCUGGCGCCGCUACCCCGAAGAAAAGCAUCAAAAAGACUCCUAAGAAGGUAAAGAAGCCAGCAACCGCUGCUGGGACCAAGAAAGUGGCCAAGAGUGCGAAAAAGGUGAAAACACCCCAGCCAAAAAAAGGUGCCAAGAGUCCAGCUAAGGCCAAAGCCCCUAAGCCCAAGGCGGCCAAACCUAAGUCGGGGAAGCCGAAGGUUACAAAGGCAAAGAAGGCAGCUCCGAAGAAAAAGUGAAACUGGCAGGACGUUCCCCUUUGAAAAUUUUAAACGGCUCUUUUCAGAGCCACCCACAGGUCUCAGUCAAAAGAGCUGAAGCUUUCUUGAGGGGGGAGUGGGGUGGAGAGGGGUGCGGGUGCUGCGGUGUUGUGCGGCCACGGUCUAUCCCAGUCGUGCUGGUUGGGGGUCAGUUAUUAACAGCUCCCAGCAGCCUGGGCGCAAGGAUCCUUCCGUCUCAGUCUCAGCCACGGUCACCGGAUAGCUAAGGCUACUUGAGCCACCAGGUCCUACUUUUUCUUCAAAUUCCCGCGGUGGUGUGUGAUUGGCCGGCCGAUUUCUCUUAAAGCGCGGCGCUUAAAAGUGGCCCUGAAAAGAUUUUAUUUCUGGCACAGGGAUGUGGUGUUAAAUGCUUUAGUUUACUUUAGCGUUGAGGUGACUUCCUGAGCACAGCCCGUCCUGGCUGUGAGCAGUACGUGGCAUGCCCAAGGUGCUUGCGGCCCACGAUCUUGUGCAGCUGGUGGUUGAGAAUGGCCAACUGCUGGUGGUGCCCGGUGUCUGUCUUUUCGCAGGCCUUUGAUAAGCCUUAGCUUUGGGAUAUCGGCCCUCAGGUACUGUAUUUGUAAAUAGUGUGGGGGCUGCACUGCGUGACGAGGUGGCUCUCCUGUAAUCCCAGCAUUUUGGGAGGCCGAGGCGGGCGCAUCACGAGGUCAGGAGUUCGAGGCCAGCCUGAAGAACAUGGUGAAGCCCCAUCUCUGCUAAAAAAAUACAAAAAUUAGUCAGGCGUGGUGCCGCGCGCCUGUAAUUCCAGCUACUUGGGGGCUGAGGUAGAAAAUCACUUGAACCCGGGAGGCGGAAGUUGUAGUAAGCCGAGAUCGCGCCACUUGCACUCCGGCCUGGGCGAUAGAGCGAGACUCCGUCUCAAAAUAAAAAGUGUGGCCAUUGUCUUUUUCUGUCGGUGGCCAGCGUCUCCAGGACUUAUUUUCCCAGGGGCUCUCUUGCUUGUUCAUUUAUUUCUGCCUACUCUUAACCUCCUAGUACUGCCGCCAGGUAACACUAGCAUGCUGGCCCAACCCGCUCGGAGUAGCUGUAUUUGCGGAGGACGCGGUGUAUUAGCCCUACUGGCAACUGUAGGCCCGCGUGGCAAAGCAGGUCUUGCUUCCCACGUCCAGGUAAUGUUAGAAAAAAAUGCAAUUCUUGUAUUAAGCCAAUCGGAGGGAUAGUUCAACAUAGCCUCUGGCUCAGUUUUGUAAAACUUGCUUUUUCUAUUGGUUUGCAGAGCCUGCUGAAUUAACCAAUCAGAACGUAUUCUUAGAUUUUUAUUUGCGUGGUUUUUCCGAGAGAAAAUUUUUCACCAAUCAGGUUGCGAUAUUAACAGUUGUGUAUGCUGGGACGUAGUCGAAAAGCCUGUUUUUUUUCCACCUCCCCCUCAGAUGGAAUUCUCCAAAUGGAAUUCUCUUUUUGGAGACGACUCACCUUGUCAUUCUGCGUCAAUCUGCACAAGUAUUGCUACCACCCUGAUGCUGAGAGAUAGUAAAAAGUAUGAAAGGAACCUCUGUCAGCUUAUAAUCUGCUUCUUUUCCCAAAUUGCUUUCUCACAGAUUGAGCUGAACCAGGGAGCUAGAGUUAGCUAUCCAAUACAUAUUUGGUGAUUAGAUAAGAAAUAGAGAGGGAAAAAUAAAUGAAAAAACUUGGAGAAGGGAGGAAGAAGCCUGGAAUUGGGGUUACCAGGACAAAUAAAUGGGCUAUAGGAAGUUGGGCUGACUUGGAUGUACUACUGUUUACAUUGUAUUUGGGAGGCUGAGGUUAUUUUUUGUUUGUUUUGUUUUUGAUUUUAGAAAAGCCCACUUAACAGUACAGAGAAAUCUCGACAAAAUCUGAUUUCUACAGAUGGUUAUGGGACUCUAGAUGGGAAAAAAUUACAUUUUCACAAAUCCUAAAUGCAAUUUGCUUAUUUCCUUUGUGAGUACAGGCAGCUAAUCACUGGAUUUCACAUCAAUGAUAAUCAUAGAUAUUUUCAUAUCACUUUGUACUUAUUACAGGUGUCUUGAAAUAGUUUACACUAAUUGUGAACCUUUCAAGCCAACAUUAUACUUGCUGAUAGAUCUUAUUAUUUGAUGUGUAACUAAAGCACAUAUACAGACUUUAAGAAAAAAAAAUUUAGUGUCACUACC